UAUAACUACUUUUUCGAGCCAUUUCAAGUCAUCAUAUUUGUAUUUUCAGCCGUCAAGCGCACCUUCGUCUGUGCAAAUAGUAAAAAACAUGAGUGUGAAAUAUGAUUUUGUCAUACUGAUGUUGUGCCUCUCGCUCCAGAUUAUUUGGGUGAGCGGCGACGACGACAAUGCGGCCAAGUUGAAGAGCUGUAAGGACAAAAUAUUCAAGCAGAUUGAUAACUUCAAAUUGGAUAAGGCACACUCCUGCCUUUCCGCCGACAAGUUGAAAAUUCUGAACGAUAAUCUGAAUAAAUACAAAAACAUAACGGCCGAAGUUAAGAAAACGUUGCCGGCCGAGUGUAAAUUAGGAAAAAACAUGGCGGACUGUUUAAGGAAGUUUGCGGACGUUUUACAAACUAAGGGACGUUCCAUUUCCGAGGAUUUCGUCGGGAGUCUGAGGACCAUUGUGGACGCUUCGCAAGGAUGCGUGACGCCAAUUAUGGAAAAAAUGAAGGGGUUGGAUAAGUAUGUUUUAAGCGGAUGUCCUUAGCCAUCUGAUCAUAUCCAAUAUCUAAAUAAAUGUACGUAUAAAUGGUC